AUGGCUCCCAAGGGCAAUCGUGCGAACUCCAAGCGCACUUUGAAGCGGCCUGCUGCCGCGAAGACUCGGGCUCGUCCAGAGCCUGUUCUCCCGAAUAUCACGGAGGAGAAUUUUUGCUUGAAGACCUUCAUCUCAGAUCUCUGGCGGGCCCUUAAUAUCCGAAAGACGGAUGAGACAUCAUGGUCCGUUCUCGAGGUUGCUACGUCCGGCAGUGGCGUGUGGACAACGAUCCAUUGCUUGUGGAUGAUGUUGGGCAAGGCUUGGGUUCGGGAGCUCUAUGCCCUCGAACAGGAUGCAGUUGCAGCCCAGUUCUUGAUGACAAACUUCGCUCCGCUUCAUGUCUUCCAGGGCUUUGAGGGUGUCCAGAAUGACCGCAGCAUGUGGUGUUGGACGCAUGGCUGCAAGUGUGCGGUGCCGGAGGGAGAGAUGCUGUUCGUUGGGACGCACAAUGACCGCAGCCUCCAGUCGGCGGUCAUUCACGUCGCGGAGCGCAAGCCCAGAAUCGCCCUCUUGACGUGCGUCAGUGGCCGCGGCAAUCAGGAUCCUGAGCUCAACAAGAUCAUGGAGAUUCUCUUCUACAUCGCAGAGGCGAAUAUGGCUGAGAGGUUGGAGGACAUGCAGAAGCGACUUCAUGAGCGAGUCCAGGCCAUGCCCAAGCAUUGUGUGUCAAGCAUGCUUCAGCCGCUGAAUGUGACCUCCAUUCCUGAGGAACUGUCUGUGACAGAGAAGGCCAAUUUUGAAUCACAGUAUCACAAGGCCUUCUCGAAACAGCUUGCCAAAGCAAUUCAGUGUGCCAAGCUCCCCAAGGAUGUCCGGCUUCCGAAGACGCGGCCUUCGAGCAAGUUCUCCCAUGCUUUGACCGCAUGGGAAUGUGCACAGGUCGAUGUCCUCAGCCUUAUGUUGGAGCACCAAAUUUCCAGCGAAGGCUCCAGUGGCAACGGCAGGCCCAAGCUGGCAGAUUAUUCUCAGAGCCCCAACCGAGGCACGUUCUUCCCCCAAGGUACUUGUGCCAACGUUUCAACGACCUCUAAGUGGUUCGAGUAUGACUCGCAGACUCUCGUUUCGCCCGUCAGCUUCUUUAAGAUACAUGGCCAUCAGAUGAAGAAGCUCAAGGGAUGUGAGGUGGGACAUACCUUCUCGGAAGGAGAUAUCCGCCGCCUUGCUGGGAACGGGGUGACCUGCGCCAUGAUGGUGUGUGCAUUGACGCCUGUGCUGCUAGAGCUGGGCUAUCUCGAACAUGUUCCGCCGAGCUCCUAG